AUGUCGUCUGCAGGGGCGUUGUUUUUUUUUCUUUAUCGGCAUCACUUAACCAUUCUUUUCUAUUUUCUUUCUUUUUUUCCACUUAUCACCAUUUUUAUUAUUCACUUUAUUAUUUUUUCUUAUUGUGUAAAAAAAUCUUCCUCUUUUUCUUCUUCUUCAAUUGUUUCACUUCUCCCUCAUUUUAUCUCUUUCUAUCUGUAUACAAAUGUAUUCCGAAUACGGGAAGUGUUUUUUCUUCCUUUCUUUUUUUCUUUUUUUUUCUUUCUUUCUUUCUUUCUUUCUUCUUUCUUUCUUUCUUUCUUUCUUUCUUUCUUUCUUUAUUUCUUUAUUUCUUUUCUUUCUUUCUUCAAUAACUUUGAAAAUAUUUGUAACGGUUCUUUCUUUCUUUUCUUCCUCUUUGCUCUGAUUAGCUACUUCUUGUUUACAUUUUUGUUUUAUUCUUCCUUCCUUCUUUCCUUUCCUUUCUUUCUUUCUUUCUUUCUUUCUUUUUUCUUUCUUUCUUUCUUUCUUUUUUCUUUCUUUCUUUCUUUUUCAUCGCAGGUGGUUCUUUCUUUCUUUCUUUCUUUCUUUCUUUCUUUCUUUCUUUCUUUCUUUCUUUCUUUCUUUGUCCUUCUCCAAUCUCCUUCAAGUUUUAUGCGACUAUCUCUUUCUUUUUUUUCGCUCAACCUGUUUCAAAAUCUUGUUUUUGUCAGUCUGCGACAGUGA